GCACCCGGCCCCGGGACGGCCCGGGGGUUCGCGAGCUCCGUGGGUGCGAGCCGGGCGUCGGGGGAGCAGUGGCAGCCAUCCCGGCUGUUGCCUCUCGCCGCCUGCGCUCAGCCGCAGUUGCCCGACGGGACAGGGGCCUUCGGACAGGAGGAGUUAGAGGAGGACGAUGCUUUUACUAGCGUGCAGGUGCCGGCGGCCGCCUUCUUGGGCUCCGGGACCCCCGGGAGUGGGAGCGGCAGUCGGGGCCGCCUCAACUCGUUCACUCAGGGAAUCCUGCCCAUCGCCUUCUCCAGGCAGACUUCGCAGAACUACUGCUCUCUGGAGCAGCCCGGCCAGGGGGGCAGCACCAGCGCCUUGGAGCAGCUGCAGAGGUCCCGACGCCGCUUCAUCUCACAGAGAUCAUCCUUGGAGACCCUAGAAGAUAUUGAGGAGAAUGCCCCUCUACGGAGAUGUCGAACUCUCUCAGGUUCGCCCAGACCAAAGAACUUUAAGAAGAUUCAUUUUAUCAAGAACAUGAGGCAACAUGAUACCAGGAAUGGAAGAAUAGUCCUUAUCAGUGGCAGAAGAUCCUUCUGUAGUAUAUUUUCAGUGCUGCCGUAUCGCGACAGCGCCCAGGUUGGGGAUUUAAAAUUGGAUGGAGGGAGACAAUCAGCAGGGGCCAUGAGCUUGAAAGAAAUUAUUGGCCUGGAAGGCGUGGAGCUGGGUGCUGACGGGAAGACUGUUUCGUAUACCCAGUUCCUGUUACCCACGAAUGCCUUUGGAGCCCGGAGAAACACUAUCGACUCCACCUCAUCCUUCUCCCAGUUCCGGAACCUGAGCCACCGCAGCCUCUCCAUAGGCCGCGCCAGCAGCACCCAGGGGAGCCUCGACACAGGUAGCGACCUGGGAGACUUUAUGGACUAUGACCCAAAUCUCCUGGACGACCCCCAGUGGCCUUGUGGCAAGCACAAACGAGUUCUGAUCUUUCCUUCAUACAUGACCACAGUCAUUGACUACGUGAAGCCCUCGGAUCUUAAGAAGGACAUGAAUGAGACCUUCAAGGAGAAGUUUCCUCACAUUAAGUUAACACUCAGCAAAAUAAGGAGCCUGAAGCGAGAAAUGCGGAAGCUUGCUCAAGAAGACUGUGGCUUUGAGGAACCGACAGUGGCCAUGGCCUUUGUCUACUUUGAGAAACUUGCUCUCAAGGGAAAGCUAAACAAACAGAACCGGAAGCUCUGUGCUGGAGCGUGUGUGUUGUUAGCAGCCAAAAUUGGAAGUGACCUCAAAAAACAUGAAGUCAAGCAUUUAAUUGAUAAACUGGAAGAGAAGUUUCGCUUGAAUAGACGAGAACUGAUUGCCUUUGAAUUCCCAGUUUUAGUGGCCUUGGAAUUUGCCCUUCAUCUGCCAGAACACGAAGUCAUGCCCCACUACAGACGGCUGGUGCAGAGCUCCUAGCACAGGCCCCUCGGAGGCCAGGGACCGCUUCCUGAGUGAGCAGAGCAGUGCUCACUGCUGGAACUGCAAAAAUAGAGCUCAACACACCAGACUUUUCCCUUGGAACAUAUUUUCAUGUAGAGGCAGUACCAGAAUCUUUUCAGGAUGUCCUUGGUCUCACCAGCUGAACUGAACUUCACGCUGCUUACAACUCAGCAAGGGGAGGGGAGACACAUGCAGAGGACAGUGGGGCCUUUUCGGCUCCCCACUGACAAGAGCCCUCAGCCGCCCACUGGCCUUCAGCCACACACCAACCUUGCAAGCAUGUCCCAGGACCUUCUCUCCAGGACUCUUGACACUCAGGAGUGUAAAGGGCUGGAGCAGAGCAGGAAAGACGAUUUGCAGAAGUUGGGAGGAUUUUCAAUGAAACGUGCUCUGUUAAGAGCAAGUGCCAAUCUGUUUUUUUACCAGCUGUUGGAAGUGCACUUUCCCUUGGGGUGUGUGUCUGAGACCCUGCAAUAGCCCUAAACCCCCAGAGCCAGUCCACCCUCAAGCAGCAGACCUCAGCCUAGAGCCAUGAGCCAGGCUGACCUUUGGCCAUCACUUCAAGACAGUUUCUGAACAGAAAUCACGCUCUCAGCAACAGAAGGCCUGGCAUCCUUCACCCUAGAAAUUGACUGUUUCUGCCGCUGCUCCUACCACCGAGAGGACAAAGAUGAGUCUUCAGUGUGGUGGGUGGGUGGCCUGCACCUUCUGAUGUCACGCCAAGUGCGGGUGUUUAACCUUUGCACUUCGGCUACUGUGGAGAUGGGUAGGGUGCGUUCCAUGGCGUGUAUUCCUGUGCUCUAUGUUAGAGUGCAUCAUAAGCACAUGUAUUGUGCAAUCUCUCUCUAUAUAAGUAUAUAUAUAUAUAUAUACAUAUACAUAUAUAUAUGUAUAUAAAGCAUUUUAUUAAAGUCCUGAAUAAGGGGAAGGCUCAUGAUUGGUAUUUUGAGGCUUUUCACAGCUGGGACAAACUGCAUCCUGAGCUGAAGUUGAGUGGAUGGAGGCGCAGCUCACCAUCAGCACGUACCCAGGGCUACUAGUGCAGAAUUUUAGUUGUGACUUGUACUUACUAGCUGGGAGGAGCUGAUCUGAGGCACAGCCCUUCACACUCACAACAGAGAAGCGCGCUUCAGUCAGGGUUCACCUGACUGAAGAAACCUGUGGCAAUGUAAAAAAAGAA